ACCAGCUGUUCCAGCGACAACUCAACAUGGACAUGGAGUUCUCAGUGUGUAACGUCAACCACAAGGACGCAUCACGAGCGCAUCUGUGUAACAUAGGUGAGAUUAAACCGGAGCUCUAUAAGCAACCUUCACUCGAGGAGAAAUGCGCGGAGAGAGAACCCGAGACCGCUGGCUCGCUGCACUUCUCACUGAUUUACAGCCAAGAGGAUAGAACGCUGACAGUAAGAGUGAUCGAUGCUUGCAACCUACCGGCUAAAGAUUUCAGCGGAACCUCGGAUCCUUACGUAAAGAUUUACCUACUCCCUGAUCGAAAACGCAAGUUCCAGACAAAGGUACACAGGAAGAACCUUAACCCGACCUUCAACGAGGAGUUUGCCUUUACGGAGGUCCCAUUCCUCGAGCUAGGGUCUAGAACUCUACAGCUGGCCGUCUACGACUUUGAUAGGUUCUCUAGACACGAUCUUAUCGGCCAAGUUGUGGUAAAAAAUUUGAACGGGGACCUCUCAACAUGCAAAGAGAAAGAUUAUACAAUGGACAUUCUUUGCAUAAAUCAGGAGAAGGUGGAUCUAGGAGAGUUGAUGUUUUCGCUGUGCUAUCUACCGACAGCAGGUAGACUCACAGUCACCAUCAUCAAGGCAAGAAAUCUAAAAGCCAUGGACAUUACCGGUUCAUCAGAUCCGUACGUGAAGGUUGUGCUGGUAUGUCAAGGCAAGCGCAUAAAGAAGAAGAAGACAACAGUGAAGAAGAGUACAUUAAACCCCGUCUAUAACGAGGCUCUAGUUUUCGAUAUUCCAGCGGAGAACAUCGAUGAAUGCGGCGUCUUAGUGCAAGUCAAAGACUACGACAAGGUCGGUAGUAACGAGAUAGUCGGCUAUUCGGGGUCCGGUAUGACUUGUCUCGGUCAGGGGAGAGACCACUGGCUGGAGAUGCUAGACAGCCCACGCAAACCGAUCGCUCAUUGGUAUCAGCUGCUGGAGCAUCAGCCGGCUGGUCUGUCCAGCGCUCACAACACGCCCCGUAAACUCAGCAGUUGCUUUUACGCCGGAAACAACGGAUGAGAGACUGAAGGGAGGACUGCACAUGCGGUGUCCCACAUCCGGUCGCAGAUCGCUCCGUAGCUUUCUGCCCAGCGUCGACAUCCGGUUUAAGAAACUCGACGUCAUUGUCGGUUUCAGCGCCGACGACCAGCGGCUACCACGUGACCCAGGACGCCAUCUUAGAUCUUAAGAUGUCCGCAUAAAGGUCGCAUUCUCUGAGUGUUUUAUUCAUUUUUGUGUGUUUUCGUUAUAGACCGGCUAUAGUAACCGUUUUAUCUCGGUGUACGUAGAAUUGUGAUAUUCUAGUUUUUACGCCGAUCGCCACACUUUCACGUGUGUUCAUUACUCUGCGCUGUAGCAUCUCCUCUCAAUAUCGUGCUAUUGCGUAAGUUCGUUCGUGCUGACUGCUAGAAGAUAUCUGCUAGUUAUAGUAGGGCCUAUAUUUUAUGCUGAGACGCGGCUACGGCCUGUGCGUAUAAUUAUAUGUGUCUAUAUCGUGUUCCCCGGAUGAGAGAUUACGCGAUGCUGAGAGUGGUGUCGUGUUAACUCGUUCUCAAACCCGGUGUCUAACACAACAGCGCGUGGCUCUUAUAUAAGAGAAUUAACUUUAGCUUUGUUGAUUAUAAUCGAGAGUUGUAGCUUGCUCGCACUUUCCAGGCUAGCUACAUGAUUGUAAAUCAUAUUUAGAUGCAAUUUUACGGCAAUCACGUAUAACCAACUAACCACAGAGCGAACUGUCUAAGCUGCAACGUCACUACGUGACAUACUAUUUCACAUCACCUUUCCUCAUAUAAGGGGCUCAUGUGUUUUCCUGUGUGUGAACUAGCGACACACCUGGUGUGGGCACAGUCCCCACACCAGUAUCGGAACCAAUUGUGGUAGCGGAAAUCCCACUGAGCUACGUGUGCACGCGUUCUAUACGUGAUUGCCACGGACCUCACUGAUUCACUCUUCGUUACACUGACAUUGAAUGCGCUGUUGUCUGCAACACCUAUAUCACUAAUGACCGACUGCAGAGUAUGUCAAAAUAGCGUGUCGACCUACUCUCUCACGUGACACAGUGUAGAAUGACAGGCGACGUUGGUUCUGUCACUGCGCGCACGGAGAGGAAAACACUAAUUGCUAGAAAAAACAGGCCGCGUAAAAAAAAUCUCAGUCAUACUCCGGCCCUGAUAACUCUUGAAUCCUCCCCGACAACGUUUGAAUUAACGGCACUUCGCGAGUGAAUCUAAAAAGAGCAUUAUGAAGGAAAACGACGCGUGUGGCCAGAAACAAAACACGAUAAAAUCAAAUGAAAACUCGGAAAAACAUGAAAACGUAGCAGGCGUGGGGCGUUUCCAUCCGUUAACACGCUUAUAGGCGCAGCAGCUAUGACACUGGGUUUGUAUACAGGAGCCAUACAUGUUCUCGUGUUCAUGGUUACCGCUCUCCGAAUAUAGCACUGU